AUGAUAGCUACUUCCCGGCCACUGCGGUGGCUUGCCCUUGGCUCUUUGGCCUUGAUGGCCUUGAGUGGCGGAGCAUGGGCUGACGAAUGUCCUGCACCUGUCACUGUUACCACGACAGAAACUACAACCGUCUGGGCCGAUGGUAGCUGGCCUUCCAAGACUGUGACCCAGCUAGUUGUUCCCGACGACUGUCCUCCGGAACCACGGUACUCGUGCUAUGUUAUCCAGACCACUACCUUGAACGCCGAGUUACCCCAAGCGACGAUUCAGAUGGUUUUGCCCCAACAGCAGGAAGAAUCCAGCAAGCAGGAAUGGAACGCGGAGUCAGAAGGCGAUGAACAAGAGGAAGAACAAGCUAAUGACGACUCGGAUGAAGGAGAUGCAGUCAAACCUGUGCCUGAUCCUUCGAUCACACCCUUCUUCUCUUCGCCCACACCUACUACUACCGCCGCCACAGGUCCAGCCUGUGUGAACUACAUCACCGCUUUGAGUAUGGGACCAUGUCCGACAUUCACUUCCCUCCCAACUAACAGCGAGGGUUGCGCUAUUAUCACAAGCACCACUUUGGCCAUGACCACCGUCACUGCGGUCCCAGCAGCGGAUAUCACCUACACUUACUCCUAUUCCAUCGGCCACGGUCACGGUCACCACGGCAACAAACAUCCUCAGAAGUUCACUCCUACUCCCACUGCCACUGCUACCGCCACUGUAACGCCCCCACCAGCUGUCGCCCUCUUCCCUCCAGAAGAACAAAAACAGGUCGACACCAACCCCACAAAAACCGAAUUCACGACUUCUUUCUCGACCCAUUACAGCUACACUCUCGCGUUCGAUUUCACUUACGGUACCCUCAAGCCCUCACCCGUCCCUGGAACUCCUUUGCCUGAACUUCCUGCACCUACUCCCAUACCCACGCCCACGUCGACCACGGCUACGACCACUACCAAUACUGUGCCUGCAGAAGCACCUCCAGCACCUACUGAACUAGCUACUUCAUCCCCUACCGAUCCCGCCGACCCUCCAGCAUCCAUUGACCCAUUGGAUCCACCAGCUAACAAAGUGUCGCGUGUUGAUGAACCUCCAACCGUACCCGUGCCCGAGACUCCAGACGAAACUGGACAGGUUGUGACUAUUGACCAACUUGGACCCAUACCAAUCACAAAGGAAGCUGACCCCGAGCUCACAGAUCUGAAGAAGGCUUGCCAGGAGUGCGCCGAGCCCUGUGUUGUCGAAUUGGAUGUUGCGGCCAAGGCAGAGGUGCCCAUCUUAGCCAAGCUGUUUGAGGACAAGAUCAAGAAGGCCCUCGCCAGUCUGAAGCUGACCCUCGAGAACGAGAGCGGAUCGGCCUCUGUUCAAGACCAGGACAAUAACAACAACAACAACAACUCUAAUGACGGAUCUGGUGGCCCGACAGGCUUUUUUGCAGGACUGAACAUCGACGUUAACACGGCAGGAUUAUUCCGAAAGACCUGUGAGGAUAAAGUGGAUGCGAUCGAGAAGAAGCAUAUCGAGGUCCUGAAUGAGAGAUGUGAACGAGUGAUCCGGACUGGUUGUGAGACAGGAGCUUGUCUUCAGAGCGAGGUGGAUAAGGCGGUAAAGCUUUUGGAUGUGAUGAUCUCGACCGAGUUGGCCAGGGAUUGUAGCCAGCUUCGUAGCGAUAUUGUUCAAGAGUUCAAGGUUCGAUCCGACCAGGACCAGAGAUCCAAGGGCAAGGUCGUUGUCGAUGCCAAUGCCAUGGUCGAUGUCGAGAAGCGCGGACUGUUGAGCGGUCUGCUGGGCGACAACAACGUGGUCGACAAAGUCGUCGACGGCCUCGGCGAGACUGUCAACAAGGUUGUGGCCAAGACUGUAACCCCUCUGACAGGAGACGAUUUAGUAGAGCGUCUGGUCGAACAGUUGACGGGGACUGUCAAGUCUGUGGUCGACAGCUUUGUAGGCAACUGCAACCGCAAGGGUCUGUUGGACUUUGAUACGGAGAAGGGCGUGGGUGCAUUGGCGGCGAUUGCGGAUGUCUCUUUGAAUCUAUUCAAGAUUGUGUGUGUGCAUGUCCAUGCCGACGCUGAUGCCAAGGUCGCUUAG